AUGACGACGAUUUUGGAGGCUGAGUUUGGUUCGGAUUCUGAGGAUUCUGACUAUGUGUUAUCUGAGGUUUCCAGUGACGAGGAAUCUUCCCUCACCUCAAAUAAAGAGAAGAAACGGCGUGAGAAGAUGUUAGAGCGUGUGAACUUAAUGUUUGAUGACAUGGUGAGGGCCAGUGAUGUGUCUUACAGGCAUCCUGAGCUUGGGGAAAAGGACGAUUUUAUGCUCCAGUUUCAGCGGAAAUCACCUCCUACGCCCAAGAUUAGAACCGCUCAAAGCUUUCAAGACUAUUUGGACAAGAAUAUCAGUCGCGUAUUCCAGAUGUCACCCCGGUUUGACAUUAGGGAAUUUAAGGAAAAAUGCCACCAGACGCCAAAUUCUGAGAAACUUGAAAUGGUCAAACAUGCCGUAGCAGUCAAAGACGCCGAACCCGCCACCAUCAAAACUACCUACAAAUUCGCCGGAACCACCUACGAGGUGGUUGACAAAGUCAGUAAGAAGUCACGGAAAUACUCAAAUUACCUCAAGAGGAAGGAAAAGGAGUUGGGAGGCGAGUUUGGGUAUUUGGAUGAGCUGUAUUCGAAGUUGGGUCCUGCUCCGACUUUGUCAGCGGUUUCCAAGUCCGAGCUUGACUGGACCCGGUACAAGGACGAGCUAAACCUCGACUCAGACCUUAAGAAAAGCUACCAUCACCUCAAAGAACAAGAAUUCCUACAACGCACCACGUGGAAUCAAUACCAACGAGAACUUCAAGCCAGGAAAUAAUUAUCCAUAAUAUUAUACUAUUCCCUUUA